CAAAAGCAGGGGCAGACUGAUAACUCAUGGGACCCCCGGGCAAUAGGGGAUCAUGGGGCCCCUGUGUCCUUGCCCAAACUCAAAGAAGCCUAUGAAAAAGAAACCAGGGGCAUCUCAUGGGGCCCCCUACUGACCCCCGGGCCCUCGGGCAGUGCCGAGUUUCCAAAUGGCCAGUCCGCCCCUGGUCAAAAGUGACCCCUUUUGGGUUUGAAUACAAUGGCCAAUGGCUACAUAUAACUUUCUCUGUUAUUUUCUGCCUUGCAUUCAUUAUCUUUUUUUAGCCUUUUCUCCUUUAUUUUAUUUUGUCCAUAUAGAA